GAGGGGAGGGAAAAUGGCGGCGCCCCGCCCCGACCUGCCAAGGGAAGCGCGGGCGGAAGUGUUGGAAGUAGCGCUGCGGCACCGAGCGGAAGUGCUGGCGGCGAGCGGCGGGCGCCGGGUGCAGGUUCCAUGUGAACAGCAAGCAGGAUCAUCUUGCAAAAACAAGACGACAAGAUGUUCUCAAGACCAAAGCCUGGGGAGUCCGAGGCAGACUUGAUACACUUUCAAAACCAGUUCCUUGCAGCCAGAGCUUCACCUGCAGUGAAGAUUGUGAAGAAAGCAGACAAGAGGAAGGGAGAAGAAAGGAGCACAGAUGCUGAGAGACCCCAUCUACAGGACAGCAAGGAUGUAGUGAUGCUGGAUGAUUUUCCUGAUAUUCUCCCUGCUCUAACUCCUGGUCCUCCAAAAAAGUCCAAAAUCAAAAGUGCCUGUGUUCACUUUGAUGAUGAAGAUCCAGAGGAGAGACUGGAGAAUCAUGAUCAACACAUUACAGCAGUCUUCAGCAAAAUCAUUGAACGAGACACAAGCGCAGAAGCAGUGACCAUGCCAGUGUCUACUGGAGACCCAUUUCCAAGGAUAUUUCAUCGUUCUGAGAUAAAAAGUGAGGUGAAGGUGGGAUCUGGAAGAAAAAGCAUCUUUGCACAAAAGAUGGCAGCAAGAAGAGCUGCUGAAAAGCCAGCAACAGCUCCCUCUGCUGAGUGCACUCAAAUAGCAUCAGCUCCUCUGGACGUUCUGAAUCCUGAGAGAUCAGCAGAAGAGGCACCAUGCUCUGGCAAUGGGGACAAUGAAGCUGAUGGUGUUUUCAUCUCUCAGCGGCCUUGUAUCAUAACGGGAGAGGGUCUUGGAAGCCAAAAGAGUGAGCAGGAAGCUCAGGCUAUCCACAAAGAGAACUUAGAGAAGCUGCAGUCCAUGUCCCAGGAAGAGAUCCUGAAGGAGCAGGAAAGGCUUCUGGCUCAGCUAGAUCCCAGUUUAGUUGCUUUCUUAAAGUCACGACGCAGUGGUAAUGUAGGCCAGAAAAACGAAAUAAAAAUGGAACAGAACAAACCGGAGGAGUUUGUGGAAUCUCUGACUGUGCCUCAACGUGGUGUGGGAACAUCACUUUCCAUGCAGGAGUCAGGUCUGGAGGAAUCUGUAAGGAGGGAUGAAAAUACGAAAAUGGAAAUCACAGAUGAUGAUCUGCCUGUGAAGCCAAGGAAGGAAUGGAUUCACAUGGACAAUGUGGAGUUUGAGAAGCUAGAGUGGAUGAAAGAUUUGCCUUCUCCCCGGCAGAAGAAAACUAAAAAGGGAAUGCAAGCUCGAUUCAGUUUAAAGGGAGACUUGAUUCCUGCAGACGCUGAUUUGCCUACUCAUCUAGGUCUGCAUCACCAUGGAGAAGAGGCAGAGAGGGCUGGAUAUUCUCUCCAAGAGCUCUUUCAUUUGUCUCGCAGCCAGCUUAUUCAGCAGAGAACACUGGCUCUACAGGUCUUGGGUCGUAUUGUUCAAAAGGCCAGGGCUGGAGAGUUUGCUUCCUCCUUGAAAGGCAGUGUUCUGCGUCUGCUUCUCGAUGCUGGAUUUCUCUUCCUGCUGCGCUUCUCCCUGGAUGAUACUGUGGAUAAUGUCAUGGCAGCAUCUGUUGGUGCUCUCCGAGCUCUGCUGGUGUCAUCUGAUGACGAGAAAUAUCUUGAUUGGACUUUCUCGUGGUACCAAGGGAUGGCUGCAUUCCCAUUUGUGCCCAACAAUGAGGAAGAAGAAGAGGAAGAAGAAGAAGAAGAAUUAACUGAAGCAGAGAAGUCUCAGAAUAAAAAGCAAAAGGAUGAAAACAAGCCAGAUGCAGAUGUAGCCCGUUAUGAUGUUGUAAAGGGACUUCUGAAGACAAGGAUUCAUCACCGGCUGAGGUAUAUCCUUGAGGUGGUACGACCUGUUCCAACAGUUGUCUUGGAUAUCCUGCACAUCCUUACCCACAUAGCAAGGCACUCCUCUGAAGCAUGCCUCCAGCUGCUUGAUUGUCCUCGGUUGAUUGACACCAUUGUCAGGGAAUUUCUGCCUACUCGAUGGGAUCCUCAUGUGGCUGAACCAGGAUGUUUGCUCACCAGUCUCCAUGGAGUUGCUUGCUCUGCUGCUAUGAAGUUCAUCAGAGUAUUGGCAUCUGGAGGCAGAAACGCAACAGCCAGGCUGCUUAACAAGUUUGAAAUGAAGAGCCGGUUAAUUCGAUUUACAGCUGAAGAUCCUCAGGAUCUGCUUCUGCCAAGGGAAGAGGCCAUCAGACUGAGCACUGAAGCCUUCCGGCUGUGGGCAGUGGCUGCUGGUUAUGGUCAGGCCUGUGACCUCUACCGGGAUCUCUAUCCUGUGCUGGUGAGGAUACUGCAGUCCCUGCCCGAGUUGCUCAGCGCUAGCCAUGAGAAGAACCCCAUGUUUGAGUUAUCUGUCCAGCGAGCUGCAGCGGUGGUUACUCUGCUGGUACAUGUGACACAAACUGCAGGCUGCACAGUGGAGCUGCAGGCCAAGCUGAGCAGCUGUGAAGACAGUGAACAGAUUCCGCCUCCUCCGGUAACAUGGAAUCAAGUGUCAGGCUUACAACCCUUUCUAGAGACCAGCAUGAAAAAAUUCCUGCAGGUGAUAUCUUGGACAGAAACUUGGCAAGUUCUUCAGCCUCUGACCACAACUUACAUGAUCUACCUGGGAGUUUUUUACAGUGCUUGCAGUCAACAGCCAUCAGUCAAUCCAGUUGACUGCUUAGAGGAAUUGGAACGUUUGACAUCUGAGGUGCUGCAGCCCCUGCUCAGCCAGCCAGCCAUGCGCAGCAUGUGGGAUUUGCUCAGGCCAUGUUCUGCUCUGUGCAACCCUCUGUCCUGUUCCCCGGCACCUGAAUCUGUCUCCAGCAUUAUAUCAUUGAGUUGUACUGGAGGCAAACCUCCUCUGAGCCUAGUUGGCUCCAAGUCACCUUUCCCUUUCCUCACAGCCCUCCUAUUUCUCAUCGAUAGCAUCACCCAUAUUCACAAAGGACUAAUCAGCAAGUACAGCUCUGUGCUGAGCUUUGAAGGCCUGAAGGAUUAUCUGCAUCAAAGCUGGCAGACUGCGCCGCCCUCUGUAACUCCCGCAUCUGCAUGGAUGCUGCGCCAUGAGUAUCAUCUGCAGUACUUUGCCUUAGUAUUGGCAAGGAAAAUGGCAGGCACUUGUCCAGAUUACAGCCGUCACGCCUCACUCCAUCACUGUGUUGCCAUGGCAUUGCUGAGCCGUCUGUUGCCAGGGAGCGAGCAUCUGGCUUAUGAGAUCCUGCUGGAUCUUGCCUUUAAUCCAGAGUUUCUUCCUGAAGGGAAAACCGGAGGGCCAGAAGCAGCUGACUUUUCUGAUAUCUUGCACCUGGGUACCAGCGCCAAACUGUCACAGCCUGGCUCUGCAGCAGCAUCUUCUUCAAAGCCUACUCGUGGUGCCCUGCUGAGAGAAUCAUACCAGAAUCUGCCUGCUAUCCGCUCCUGCUACCUCUCUCAUUUUGUUCACUUGCAGCCUGCCCUUGUGCGUUCCCAAGCAUCCUACCAAGGACGUAAUUACCUCAUCCAAUCAAUGCUGCUUCCUGAAGUCAGAGGGCCCAUUCUGCCUUCAGACUGGCCGUUCUUUCCGCUUAUCAGCCUCUACAACAAAGUGACUAAUGCAGAGACACGUGGGGCUGUGCUGAACUCUCUCCCACUUGAUCUAGUCAACACUGUGACAUGGAACCUUCAGUGGAUCUUGUUGCUGGAAACUUGGCGUCCUAAAACCCUUCAGAGCAUCCCUACUGCUGCCAAACUUGCACGACUUAUGUGCAUCUUCCUCACAGGUGGUGAUCUCUUUCUAGAAGCACCAAUCCACUGUUACACGGCUGCACUUCUUUCUGUGUAUUGCCAGCCCAAGGCUCUGGACUCCCUGAACUUGGAUGCUCCGCUCCCCGGUUUGGCGUCCUUCCAUGAUCUUUAUAUAAGUCUGCUGGAGCAGUUUGAAGGUGUCUCCUUUGGAGAUCCACUCUUUGGAGUCUUCGUUCUUCUACCUCUGCAGAGGCGUUUCAGUGUUCAUCUACGUCUCUCUGUUUUUGGGGAGCACACAAGUAUCCUGCGGGCACUGGGAGUGCCACUCCAGCAGUUUCCUGUGCCUCUCGAGCGAUACACUUCCCCUCCUGAGGAUAACUUGAACCUCCUGCGACAUUAUUUCCGAGCACUGGUCACGGGUGCGCUGCGCAACACCUGGUGCCCUGUUCUUUAUGUCGUGGCCGUGGCUCAUGUGAACAGCUUUAUUUUCUCCCAGGACAGCACAACUCAGGAGGCUGAUGCUGCUCGGAAAAGCAUGCUGCGAAAGACUUGGCUCUUGGUGGAUGAGACCUUGAAAAAGCACCUUCUCUACUACAGACUGCUGAAUGCAGAGAGUCCUUUGGGCUUCGACCUUUAUGAGCAACUCCCUCCUAUACGACUGAAGUACCUCCAGAUGGUGAUGCAAAAAGAAAAUAAGGAGAAUGCUCCAGUGCUUGUCUCCUAACCAAACGCUCAUAGAAGAGUACAGCUAGGGGGAACAACAGAAGAACAUUGUGCUUCGUGAUGAAAAUACGCAUGUUUCAGAUUGCUACCGUGUCUGUAUUUGACACUCUUGGUGUCUCUGCAAAGUGAAGCACUGAUGAUAGAGGGCUCCCAGCCCUACUGCACAGCACAGAUCAUACAUGGCAAUAUGUGUGUGGUCUCUUUAUUAUGAGCUCCAGAGCAUUUACCAGAAUUCUCUUUGAUGGUUCUGCUUCAUCCUGGAGGAGGUGAGGAUAUGUCUGAGAGGCACUGGACUGAUGAAUAAACAAAAAUAACUGGAAAAAAACAUACAAACAACAUUUCAUUAAUCCCAGCGGGAGAUUGUGAAUUCCUAUGAUGAUGUUUUGUUGGGUUUGUUUUUGUUUAAUUUUGGUUCUCCGGGAUCUUUCUUGAUUGUAUUCUGUGCACAUUAGUAGUCACAGAUUUGUUGUGUCGUGCCUCUAACAAACAACAGAUCCUGAUGCUGUGGUAUGAACACUAGUCAUUCUACCUUGGUUGUCUUUUGGGUAGCCCCUAAACUGCUUUCUUUUCUCCCUUAUUUAGUUAUACAUAUAACAAGAUCAGAAAUAAUUUUGUUGUAGGCAGAAUAUUAAUCAUUCCCCAUUAGAGGGGGAAAAAAAAUCCGGUUGUUUAACUAAAAGGUGCAUUGUUUACCUUCUAAGGAAAGGGGAAUGUAAUUUAAAUUAUGAAGCAGAGUUCCGAAGUUAAGAUCUUCUUAUUUUUUCUUAAUAAAAAGCUUAUUUGAUCCCAGUUUUACAUCCAGACUCAAUACUGCAGCCUCAAACAUGAUGGCUACAAAUGUGGUGCCCUAAAAGUCUCAUCACAUGUGCCAAGUCAAGCCCAGAAUUUACUCUUUAGGUGUAAGCUCAGUGAGGUGGAUGUUGCAUUUAUACCCAGUCAUUCUUGUAGAACUACAAUCAGUCUGGCAGGCUUUUGUUUGGAGAACUUCUACGAACAAAGCUGGUUAUUUCUUUCCUGUUGUUAUUAUGAAUAAAUUCCUCUGGGAGGUACAUGGUGCUGCCCAGCCUAAAGGCUUCACAUUCUCUCUACUUGUCAGACAAUUUUCUAAUUCUAACAGUACCCCCUGAGAUUAGAAGAUAAGUUUCACCUUUUUUGUCCCCUUAUUUCAGACAGGACACAGGUGGAAUUGAUGCGUCAUUUUAAUGUUUUUUUUCAUGAUUGCUAUUUUUUCUAUUGCAGUUUUUUGUCUGCUAAUAGCAUGUAAUGUAAUAAAGCACCACGUGGUCAUCUGUGGCUUUUACUGUUAAAUUAUUUUAAAGAUAUUUGAUGUGAUUAAAAGUUCAACUGAAGGCAUGCAAGUUUUUAUUUUAGAUGGUUAAAGUCUGAGCAGCUGUCUUGGGAGAGCAACGCACAGUACAAUUUAAGGUCUCCUGGAUGCCCACUUAAGAACUGCCAUCAGCAAGGACUUGGUCUUUUGCUCUUCUGACCUCCAGAUUUUAAAAACCUCUUCCAGUCCUUUGUGUGAUGUGAAGUUGAGUUUUGAACUGUAUAUGGGUGUAAAUAAACAUUUUGAUAGUUGUGCAGUCUUUGUGGAA